AUGCCAUUCCUUUGUCUCCCCUUUCGCCACCGCGCCGGGUCAUCGGUAUCCACCUCAACUUUCCCUCAGCUUCGCCGCAACCCCGUCACACAAGACAUCCAAGCCAUGUUCCAGCUACUCCUCGCCGCAAUCGCCCUGAUACUGGCGUACCUCCGCGCCCUCGUCUCCGCCCAAAACGACGUCACAGUCCUCGGAACAACCCUCCCCACGACGUCGACAACAACAACAACAACAACAACAACCAAAGACGUCGCCGCCGCAACCGUCGGCGGCGCCUCCUCGACAUCGACGAGCAGCGAGGCCCCCGCCGCCACCAUCACCAUCACGGUGAACCGCGUCGCCAACAUGUUCGUGCCGGCCAACGUGACCGCGCAGGUCGGCGACGUCGUCAAGUUCGAGUUCUGGCCGACCAACAACUCGGUCGCGCGCGCCGCCUACGGCUACCCGUGCACGCCCUACGCCCUCGUCUCCCCGGCCGACGCCGCCGACGGCUUCUGGUCCGGCUUCAAGCCCGUCGUCGCCAACCUCGCCCAGGUCAACAUCACGGAGCUGCCCGCAUACUACAUCGCCAUCAACCGCGUCACGCCGCUGUGGUUCUACAACUCGGCCCCGGGAGCCUGCGUCGGCUCCCAGAUGGUCGGCGUCAUCAACCCCGCCGCGCCGUCCGACCUCGCCGUCCAGAAGCGCGCCGCCGCCCAAGCCACCCUCGCCCUGAGCCCCGGCGAGCAGCUGCCGCCGGAGGGCGCUUCGGCGUCUGCUUCCUCCGGCACCGCUGCUGCUGGUACUGCUGGUACUGCUGGUACUGCUGGUGCUGGUGCUGGGGGUGGUGGUGGUGGUGGUGGUGGCUCGUCGUCGUCGGCGCACGUCUCGGCCGGCGCGGCGGCGGGGAUUGCGGUCGGGUGUCUUGUUGGGGUUGCGGGGGUUGGGGGAGGGGUGUGGGCGCUGAGGCGGAGGCGGAUCAAGGGGCGGCGCGUGCAGGAAGGAGCGGGGGGUGGAGGAGGCAGCGGCGAGAAGAAGGGUGGUGGGGAGGGGGAUGGAAACGGUGGUGGUGGUGGGAGGAGUGCGGUCGUGUCGGAGUUGCCUGGGAGUGCUGUUGCUAGUUCGGAUGGGGUCGGGUCGCCGUGGUCGCCGGUGGCGACGUGGCGGGGGAGGCAGACGGUGGUGAGUGAGUUGAGUGCGUAUGGGGAGUUGUCGAGGGAGCAGAUACCGACUACGCCGCCGGACAGGAGGUUGCCGAUGUUGCCGGAGGUUCAAGCGAAGAAGGAAGGGCCGUUUGAGCUUGGUUCUUAG